UAGGGUUAGGGUUAAUGACAGUGCUAAAGGAAAGUCCUUCGGACAUUGGUUACAAAAACAUUAAGUCUGUAGCAGUGUAGAGGAUGAUCAAUUGACAAUUCUACUACAUCAUGCACUUGAGAAAAUCCAAGUGGAAGAGUGUAAUAGGACUAGAGAUUCAUGCACAGAUUCUGUCAAAGAGUAAACUGUUCUCCGGAUCAUCCACCAAGUAUGGUGCACCCGUCAACACUCAGGUGUCGUUCUUCGAUGCAGCUCUGCCAGGAACAUUGCCUGUUCUCAAUCGCCGAUGUGUGGAAGCAGGAGUCCUCACUGCAAUGGCUCUUAACAGCAAGAUCAACAAAAUAUCAAAGUUUGACAGGAAACAUUAUUUCUAUGCAGAUUUGCCAUCAGGUUAUCAGAUAACCCAGCAACGGCAACCUUUGGCUGUCGGUGGUGAACUGGCCUACGUCAACUUCAACCCUUCAGUCCACAAACAGCCAAUCAAAAAGAAGGCGAAACUUGUGCAAAUACAGCUGGAACAGGACAGUGGGAAAAGUUUGCACGAUCUGGAAGAAAAACAGAGUUUGAUUGACCUCAACAGGGCAGGAACAGGUUUAAUGGAAAUUGUAACCGAACCAGACUUCACUAGCGGUGAAGAGGCAGCCAGCUUUGUGAAGGAAUUGCAACUUAUUCUUCAGAGCAUUGGCACUUGUGAUGGAAAAAUGUCAGAGGGGUCUCUCCGAGUCGAUGCAAAUAUUUCUAUCCAUCAAGAAGGAGAAUCCCUUGGGACCAGGACUGAAGUAAAGAACAUCAACAGUAUACGAGGCAUUGCCAAGGCGAUCGAAUUUGAAAUAAAGCGCCAGAUUUCAGAGAAAGAAAGUGGCAGACAAAUAGUGAAUGAAACCAGAACAUUUGAUGCUGAAUCUGGAGAAACGUUACCGAUGAGAGACAAGGAGAAGAUUCUUGACUAUCGCUUCAUGCCAGAGCCAAACCUGCCUCCAGUUCAUGUGUACGAUUCGGUAGGGCCAGGAGUGAGUGUGGAACAUGUUGUCAUCAUCAACCAACUUAAAGAACAGCUGCAGGAGCUGCCUGAAGAGAAGAGACGGCGUGUGCAAAAACAGUACGGCCUCCCUCUUAAUACAGCAGUGAUACUCGUGAAUGAGCCUGGACUGUUGUCUUUCUUUGAAGAGGUGCUUCAAGAUAGUAAACGAGACCCUGUUGCUGUCGUUACCAUACUGGUGAAUGAAUUUCUGGGACAGAUACACUCAAGGGAGAUAACUGUAACAAACAGCCCAGUAAGUGCCGUCUCAUUUGGGGAGUUAUGUGAUAUGCUGUCCUCUGAGAAAAUCUCUUUAUCAACAGCAAAGAAAGUGCUAGCAUUAAUGUUUGAAAAGCCAGAAUCAAGACCACAGGACAUAGUAAGUGAAAAGAACUGGCUGCAAGUUAGCGACACUAAACUCAUUGAAGAAACUUGCAGAAAUGUCUUGACAAACAGUCCGAAACUUGUAACCGAGUACAAGAAAGGCAAGAAGAAAGUGCUCAAUGCUCUGAUUGGUCAGAUUCAGAAGGACUUUCAAGGUCGAGCGAACCCCAGACUUGUGAUUGAGACCUUGCAAAGGCUUAUUGACAGUGAAAUGUGAAUACAAGAUGUUCCUUAACCACGUGUCCAAUCCCUGUCAUGGACCGAACUCUCUGGCAAAGUCAGAGGUUGUGCACAUGACAGGUGUGCUUGAAUAGUUCUCUUGAUGGAAGCAUGCCAAAAAUUACCCACACCUCACAUGUGUUCGACGCCAUAUAACCAUAAAUAAAACUUCGACGAAUGCGUCAU